UAGUAGCGAGCUGAUCGUUAAGUUAGACGUUACUUCUAGUUAGCAGGGGAGGAAAUAAUUAUUCAUAGCUAAGGGUGCUCCCUUCCCUAGUUCCCUUCCCUCCCUAUAAAAUAGAGUAGCAAGACAGGAUUAUAUUGAUCGAUCGACACACGUCUCUCCCUGGCCAUGGAAGAAGACGACCAUGGCGGCAAGAGGCAGUACUCAAGAGUUCGACUGUGCAUAGACGCGGUGCGCUAUGUGGUGACCCUCCUGAUGUUGGUGGCCGCCUUGGGGGUCACCGUCGGCGCCUUCGCCGUGUCCUUGCGCUCCGAGAAGCUCUUCGUCGAAGUCGCCGACGGACACGUGUCCGUGUCCGCGUCGUCCAACUCCUCGUCACCCUCCGACGUGACCCUCUCCUUCUCCUUCAACUGGAUCAACCCCAGCGGGCGCGCCGGCAUCCAGUACAGCGGCAUCAAAGUCGGCCUGUUCCUCAACGGCGACGACAAGGAAUAUUCCUUGUCGGAUCCGCCAAACAGGACAUAUUCAGUGCCGCCCAAGUUGGUGACCGAGGUGUCGUUCCUGGAUAUUAAACUCGACGAGCUCUCUCCGGUGCCGUCCAUGGCGCUUGUCCGGAGGUUGCAACGCACGACCAAGGCGAAGGCGACGACACUAGUGUCUUUGAGUGGCAGGCUGAGGACCCAGGUUACGGGCGGCCUGCUUACGGAGCUCAAAUACACCAGGGAAGUCGAGGCCAAAUACGUUUGCGCUCAGGUCACAGUCGGCGACGGCGGAUCGCCGCAGCGGCAGCUACAAGAUGCUGCGCAAAACGUGCGCUGCACUGAAUCUAGUCAAUCGUGAUACAUGAUCCCGUCCUCAUGUUGUAAUGAUAGUUACUGACAGUAAUAUAAUCCAUGUGCUAGUAAUUAUAUUGCAGCCUUCGAUCACCUAUAGUUUGAUUUCCUGCGUGAGACUAAUGUUUAUGUCUAGUUUGUACGUUGCACGCGUGAUGUGUCUAGGUGGGUUGGGUUGGUAGUCCAAAUCAUGCACUGAGUUGAGUCUGAGUCAUCGGUCUGAGUCAUAAAUUAUUCAUUUGUUGUUGUCUCGCCAUUUACUUCAUUUCCAAAUGAAUAAUUUAUGACUUGUUGCAUGCAGUACGUCAAUUUGUUCGCCAUCACUUCCGGUUAUUAAUGAAUUUCUGUUCAUCAUCAGGAUUAAUCAAUAAAUUACGUUACAAAUUUUUGAA